AUGACGAGGAACAUCACCACCGAAUCAGCGUCCGCCGCCGCCGCCGUGGCCGCCGACAGCACUAAGCCCAACGGCACCACUGCCGCGGCACCUGCGCCAACAUGGCUCGGCCACGAGGGCGCGGGGGCGUUUGACCUGAGAAGCGACACAAUGACAACCCCAACGCCAGCCAUGCUCGCAGCCAUCCAGUCCGCCACGCUCCUCGACGACGUCAUGCAGGAGGACACCACCACGUCCUCUCUGGAGGCCCACGUCGCCGCCCUGACGGGCAAGCAGGCCGGCCUGUUCGCCCUGUCCGGCACCAUGGGCAACCAGCUCGCCCUGCGCGCCCUGCUCGUGCAGCCGCCCUACAGCGUGCUGUGUGACCACCGCGCCCACAUCGUCUGCUAUGAGGCCGGCGGCGUGUCGAGCCUCACGGGCGCCAUGACGGUGCCCCUCGUGCCCAGAAACGGGCGGUACCUCACGCUCGAGGACAUCAAGGCCCGCGUGGUGCUCGGCGAGGACCACGAGGGCGGCGGCGACGUGCACAGCUGCCCGACCCGCGUCAUCAGCCUCGAGAACACCCUCGGCGGUGUCGUCAUGCCCCUCGCCGAGACGCGCCGGAUCGCGCAGUUUACCCGGCAGCACGGCAUCAAGAUGCACCUCGACGGCGCGCGGCUGUGGGAGGUCGUCGCCGCCGGCCGCGAAGGCUCCCUGGUCGACUUUGGCGAGUGCUUCGACACCAUGACCAUGUGCUUCUCAAAGGGUCUCGGCGCCCCCGUGGGCUCCAUCUUGGUCGGCGACACCAAGGUCAUCAGGCAUGCGCGCUGGACGAGGAAGGCGAUCGGUGGUGGCGUCAGGCAGCCCGGCUUCAUCACCGCGGCGGCACGGGUCGCGCUUGACACGACGUUUGGCAAGGGGCCCAACGGGGAAGGCGGUUUGCUACGCAAGACGCAUGACACGGCCAAGCGUGUCGAGAAGAUGUGGACCGACCUUGGUGGUGUCAUGGCCCAGCCUGUCGAGACCAACAUGUGCUGGCUGGACCUGGGCUCGAUGAACACCAACGGCGCCAGAGUUACUGAGCUCGGCAGAGAGGUCGGGCUCAAGUUGAUGGGCAACCGCAUCAUCACACAUUACCAGAUCGGCGAGGAGGCAUUGUCACGGCUGGCACAAGUAUUUGCCCGGAUUGCGCAAGAAAAAGACCACGUGCGGAAGUCGAGUGUGGCAGCGAAGAGCAGUGAGCCGUAUGGCGACGGCACCAAUGGGCAUCAGUAA